UUAGCGCUUAUCAGGGAAGAACCGCAUUACAUGCAUGAGGAGCAAGAUGUUGUAAAGCAAAUUCCGCUGGAACCGAGAACAAGAUCGCCAUCACCGGCAACAAGAAUGAGAGAAUUUGAGCUGAGCCACGAGAAUCGUCCGUUUUUCGCCUCAGAAUGCAGCGGCAACAUCUCACCAACAAUGGUUCAAGCGAAAGUAUCUCAGUGUAUUAUGAAACUAGAAGCGAAGUUGCAGAAGAGCGAGCAGGCUGAUUUACAGGAACGGAAUGUCGAUGAGAAGCCGGAAUCUGUGAAAAAUGAUGAUCCUUCGCCAGCGAGCGAUUCUGACAGUCUGGAUAGUUCCUCAGCUGUCAGACCUUCAGAUCCACCAGAUGAACCUUUAAUACCUCCAAAUUUCUUCGAAAAUGUGCAGCCCUCGACAUCGAUGCUCCCAGUCAAUUCAAUUUCGGAUCUUCUGCUUGCAAUACACACUCACAGUCACCCAUCAGAGAUUGCGAUGGUGGUUUCGGAAUAUACCGAAAAAAAUAUUUUGACAGCGGAAGAGGAACAGAUGAUUGAAAAAGCGGUGCGCCAAAAGGUAAUGUAUGAAAGAAAACGGCGUGGCGAAAUUGUCGAAGACGAGAAGAGUCCUGUGAGCAGCUCAGCGAAACGCAAUCGAGAAGUGAAGGAAGGCAAAGGAAGCGACGGGGAUAAGGAAUUUGAGCUGAGGAGCAGUGAUUUUAAUGAGUGUGGUGGUAAACCGAGUAGCUUUGUUGGCGUCGUGGAAACAAACCAGUUGAAAGAACCAAUAGACAGUCAAAACCAAGGUGGACGGCCAUGUGAUGGUGAAGCAAGUCUGCCAAAGUUUCCCGCAACUUCUGAGCCGCCAGCUCACCCAGCAGUGACAGCACUGCCUGCUACAACAUUGACGAUUUCUCCUUCACCGCCACUGCCGCCACCGCCACCACCACCAGCACCACCACCCCCACCGCUACUACCUUCUCUCUCAGAACUUUCGCAGUCGAUCAGCCCGGUGUCGUUUUUCCAGCCUCCGCCCUCAGUGACAAGUAAUCCUUACUUCAUCACCCCGUAUGUAGCGGGCUCCUCGGUGGCGCCACUGCUUUCCAGCACUCCCACAGCUGUUACAUUCGCGAAUUCAAAUAUCGCAUUUGUUGGUGGAUCUGCUGGAGGACCUGUAACCGCUGGAGAAAUGGAUAUGGAUAUCUCGGACGAUGAGCAGGCGGAAGCUGCCAGAAAAACAAUGGUAGAGAUUUUUUCGGAUUGA